GGAUAGGAGGAGAAAAACAAUUAUCAAUCAGAUUCAGACAUAAGUAUAUUAGUUUGGAGGUGAGAGGAGGAGGAGACAGAUCAUCAUCAUCAUCUGUCCAUCGAGCUGUCUUCAAAAAGGUCUCUGCUUUGAAUCCCAAAAGAAAGAAUGAACGUAGAAGAGGAGAUUCAGAAACUUGAGGAAGAGAUCCAUCGUCUUGGUUCUCUCCAGCCCGAUGGCUCUUACAAGGUGACGUUUGGAGUGUUGUUCAAUGACGAUCGAUGUGCCAACAUCUUCGAAGCUUUGGUUGGGACUUUGAGAGCUGCCAAGAAGCGCAAAAUAGUGGCAUUCCCAGGGGAACUCUUGCUCCAAGGCGUUCACGACAAGGUCGAGAUCACUCUCCGUCCAUCUCCACCACCACCUCAAGCUACUGUCUCCGCUGCCGCCGCCACUUCCUAAUUUUUCCAUUUCCGUUUUGUUUCGUUUUAUCCUCUUCUUCCUUUCCUUCUUAAUGUGUAAUGAAAUGAUGAACUCGAAGAUCUCAAAUGAUUGCUUUUGCUU